AUGCCAAGUGUCCGAGCCGUGGACCGGGCCGGCUUCAUCAAUGUGUCCUUUGUGUGGGAGUGCAUCAAGCACCGAAGGCUGCUGGACAGCACGCCCUAUCAAGUCAAGUUGCCGUCCAGCACUGCCAAGCCAAGGAUGAAGUACACUGAUGAGGAGGACAUGGCCAUCAUCAGGUACUGCCUGAGCAAACCCAAGCACUCCUGGAAGUCCCUUCCUCUCUUCCUUGACAUGGAGCGUGACCAGAUUCUGCCGGGCCGCAGCGCGCAGUCGAUGCACGAACGCAUGCGACGAUAUAUUGUGCCGCGCGUCAACCGCGUGAGUGGCACAAGAUGGGGAACGAGCGUGUAA